UCGGAGACGGAGCCCGGGAUUGGCGCUGCCGGAGCAGGGAGCGGGUCGGGGCUUGCACGGAGGGGAAAAGGAGAGCGAGGAAGGAAGCAAAGCAAGAUCUCCGGAAAAGGUGAAGCAUUGAGGAGGAAAGUUGGAAGGGAAAAGAAAGCGGUUUGGUAUUUUCUUGGGAAGGAUGAGCGCGGACUGAGAGGCAAAGGAGGAGCAGAAAGAGAGAGAAGAGAGGCAGGGAGUCGGUGCCUUGCCUUGCCUGCUGUUGUUUCUGUUUCCCUGGAAGCGGGCUUGCUUUGGAGGCAGCCUGGCGCUCGGCGAGGAGGGCUAGGGCCCGUUUCCCUUCGCCCAGCAUGGAUCGGAGUUUGCUCCUUGCUCUCCUGGCGCUGCUCCCGGCCUGGGCUUCCUCCUCCUCUUCUUCCUCCGCGUCCUCCUCCUCCUCUUCGGCUUCGGCUUCAGCUUCGUCCUCGGCGUCGCUCUCGUGCCAGGAGAUCACGGUGCCGCUGUGCAAAGGCAUCGGCUACAACUACACCUCGAUGCCCAACCAGUUCAACCACGACACGCAGGACGAGGCCGGGCUGGAGGUGCACCAGUUCUGGCCGCUGGUGGAGAUCCAGUGCUCGUCGGACCUGCGCUUCUUCCUGUGCAGCAUGUACACGCCCAUCUGCCUGGAGGACUACAAGAAGCCCCUGCCGCCCUGCCGCAGCGUCUGCGAGCGCGCCAAGGCCGGCUGCGCCCCGCUCAUGCGCCAGUACGGCUUCGCCUGGCCCGACCGCAUGCGCUGCGACCGCCUCCCGGCCCAGGGCGACCCCGACACGCUCUGCAUGGACUACAACCGCAGCGAGGCCGCCACCCCGCCGCCCCCGGCGCCGCCCCCGCAGGCCCCGCCGCCGCCGCCACCCCGGGCGCCCCCGCGCAAGCCCCUCCCGCCCCUGCCUCCGCCGCCGCCCCGGGCGCCCCCGCCCUGCGAGCCCGGCUGCCGCUGCCGCGCCCCCAUGGUCUCGGUGGCCAGCGAGAGGCACCCGCUCUACAACCGCGUCCAGACCGGGCGCAUCCCCAACUGCGCCCUGCCCUGCCACAACCCCUACUUCACCCCCGACGAGCGCGCCUUCACCGCCUUCUGGAUCGGCCUCUGGUCCAUCCUCUGCUUCCUCUCCACCUUCGCCACCGUCUCCACCUUCCUCAUCGACAUGGAGCGCUUCAAGUACCCCGAGAGGCCCAUCGUCUUCCUGGCCGCCUGCUACCUCUUCGUCUCGCUGGGCUACCUGGUCCGCUUGGUGGCCGGGCACGAGAAGGUGGCCUGCAGUGGUGGGGCGGCGGCAGCUGGGCCAUCUGGUGCUUCGGGCGCUUCCGCCGGGGCGGCAGCAGUGGCAGUGGGAGGUCGUGGUGCAGCAGGGGGUGCCGCUGAGCUGCAGCCGGAACUAGCCGGGGCUGAGCAUGUGCGCUACGAGAGCACGGGGCCGGCCCUCUGCACUGUGGUCUUCCUGCUGGUCUACUUCUUCGGCAUGGCCAGCUCCAUCUGGUGGGUCAUCCUCUCCCUCACUUGGUUCCUGGCGGCAGGCAUGAAGUGGGGCAACGAGGCCAUCGCCAGCUAUGCCCAGUACUUCCACUUGGCAGCCUGGCUGCUGCCCAGCGUCAAGUCCAUUGCGGUGCUGGCCCUCAGCUCGGUGGAUGGGGACCCCGUGGCCGGCAUUUGCUACGUGGGCAACCAGAGUCUGGAGAACCUGCGGGGCUUUGUGCUGGCUCCUCUGCUCAUCUACCUGGCCAUUGGCUCUAUGUUCCUGCUGGCUGGCUUCGUUUCGCUCUUCCGCAUCCGGAGCGUCAUCAAGCAGCAGGGCGGGCCCACCAAGACACACAAGCUGGAGAAGCUCAUGAUCCGGUUGGGGCUCUUCACCGUUCUCUACACUGUCCCAGCGGCCAGCGUGGUGGCCUGCCUCUUCUACGAGCAGCACAACCGGCCGCGCUGGGAGGCCACCCACAACUGCCCCUGCCUCCGGGACCAGCAGCCCGACCAGGCCCGCCGGCCGGACUACGCCGUCUUCAUGCUCAAAUACUUCAUGUGCCUGGUGGUGGGCAUCACUUCCGGGGUGUGGGUCUGGUCCGGGAAGACGCUGGAGUCCUGGAAAGCCUUGUGCACACGUUGCUGCUGGGCCAGCAAGGGGACGGCUGCUGCCGUGGCCUCUGGGAACAUUGGUGCUGUCGUGGGCAACGGUGGCAUGGGGGGCAUGGUGACAGCAGCAGCGGUGGGGGGACUCGGGGGCGGAGCGGGCUCCAUGUACAGUGACAUCAGCACCGGCUUGACGUGGAGGUCUGGCACUGCCAGUUCAGUCUCGUACCCAAAACAGAUGCCCUUGUCCCAGGUGUAAAAAAAAGGGGGCACCAUGCUUUUGAAACUGCUUUUGCUUUUGUCAGUGAACUUCCUCAUGGCCUCCUCAUGUGCAGGACAAUCUACCACUACUGGAGGUUCCCAAGUGCCAGAUCGCCUCCCUGAGCCCCAUUCCCUCAUUCCAGAUUUCAUAUUUCUUGCAAGGAACUACCAACCUCUGUUGUGGAAAGUGAGAUAGGAGUUGACAUCUGUCAAGACCAAGACUGUCCUCAAGAGCGGGGCUAGAGACCCUUGGUUGUGAAGGGCUUUCCUACUUGCUUUUUCUCUUCCCUUCCAACUCAGCAAAAGUCGCUGAUGUCUGACAUGACUGCAAGGGUGGGCGGGAAAUGGGGGAAAAUCUCCUUUUUUUUAAAAAAACUAAAAAAUGGGCAGAUGCCUUAAAUCCAAACCAUGUCUUAAUUAUAUGCCCCAGAUAAAUACGGGUUUCUUAUGUUAAAGGAUGUAUUUAUAUAAUUAUUUGGUACCUUGUACAAAACUUGUAAGAUAUGUAUAUAAUCCAAAUGCUAUACAGUCUGUAAAUUUUUUUGUUAAAAGAAAAAAAGUUUAGAGGCUUAUCAUAUCUUGCUCCCUCCUAAGAGCAAAUAUUUGAGUAUUCUAUUUUGUCAAUAAAAUGAUAAAUGGUUUUAUUGGAA